AAGACACCGGGGCGGCACAGUCUGUGAUAACCCGGAUACCUGAGUCCAAAGUAAGAGAGGUUUAAAAAAAACUAGUAAGUCAAAUACAACAAGAGAAAGCGCUCGCUCGGGGACGCGGAGUGAAGCUGCGUAAAGGCGUGACGCACGGACUGGUAAUAUUUCAGAGGUAUUUUGAACGACAGAGCGGCGUUUUUCCACUUGAGCUUCAAACUCAGAUCAACUUCAGACAAGUAAAAGGAGAAGAAAAGAACGCGUCACACUUUGGGUUGCCCGCGCAGAGACUCUCCUCGGACGUUUUGACCCGAUGUCGACCUUGAGUUCACUCAAAAGAGAGACGACGAACACGAUGUGAGAGAUUUCCCCGCGGUGUUGUUUACUCAUUAGCUUUAGAAGCUGUUUGGAGGCAAGACCGAACAGGUUACCGGAGGGCGCCGAGCCUCUACAAGGAGCCUUGACAGGACACCGGCCGGAGAGGGAGCGAGAGGGGGAAAGGAUUUUGGCCGCGUAAAGAGAAGAAACGAGAAGGAGGCGCCUCUGGCGUUGAAGCGGCGCCGCUUCUUAGAUGGAUCCUUCAGGUUUGCGUCUGCCUCAGAGGAACCAGCCUGCUCCGGGCGCUCGCGGGUCGCUGUGACAGCGAGGUGUGUGAAACAUGACACACCGCGGCGCAUGGAUUGCCAAAGACAUGAGCGGCACGCAGCGCGGAAGCGGCGGCUCCCCGCUCCUCUCCGGUGCGCACUUGGAGCAGGAGAUUGCGCGCAGGGCAGCCGGUGGGACCAGAUGCCGGGUUCGGGGGAACGAUAGACAGGAGAUUACGUCUGUAAUGUCAGCAAAGGCCAAGGUGCUGCUCUGGGUGCUUCUCUCUCUGCUGCCUCUAGUUGAAGGAGCUCAUAUGAAAGCUGGUGCUGCCGGCGUGGGAUCAGACUCGGGCCACGCUGUGGGCCUGCUGGGGGGCCAGGAGGAGCGCGGGCUUCCUGUGACGCUGCCAGAGGUGGUAGAGGACGAGGAGCAGGAAGACGACAGUGACCCAUACUCCACUUGGCACGCUCUGUAUGACCCCUUCGUAACGGAUGAGGUGGACGACCAUCCCAGUAGUCGCUGGGCGGGGCGUUCUCCGCGCUCCUCUGACCCCACAGAACCUCAGUCCAAGGGCUCACAGAAGAAAAAGAAGAAGAGGAAGAGGAAAGAAAGGGCGGAAGAGGACAAGACAGGAAAAGGAGAUAAAAGGGGUAAAGGUAAAAACAGGCGGCCGAAGCAGAGCAGCAGGGACUGUCGAGUAGAGAAGAGAGAGAUGAAGGUUCGGGACCUGGGCCUGGGGUUUGACUCAGAUGAGAUCGUCCUCUUCAAGUUCUGUGUGGGCUCCUGCCAGUCGUUGAGGACAAACUACGACCUGGCGCUGAAGGCACUGCAGGAAAAUGGGUCGCUGCCUCGGCGCAAAGUCAGCAGCCAUCCCUGCUGCCGGCCCGACCGGUACGAGUCGGUCUCCUUCAUGGACGCCCAGACCACAUGGAGGACCAUCCAGUCAUUAUCUGCUGCCAGCUGCAUGUGUAUGGGCUGAAGAUACGAACGAGGGAGAGGGGUGAUGAGACCCAGUGUCACCCAUCCUGAAGGUAGAGGGGCCGAGAGGGGCCUCGAAUGAGGAAGGCCUGGUCGUUGGAAGUAGCGAGAGGGGGCCGCUGUCAUGUACACAGAGCGGAGGAAGUGAUGAAGGCCACUUCCUUUGGUGCGUCUCCAGUUGAGGAGGAAGAGGCCUGGGUGCAGCUGCAGCAUCGAGUGUCAAAGGGCAAGACCCGAGAUUGAGGGGGAGGUCAUCAGGGAAUCACAGGCUGGAUUUACAGUCGCCUCAUCAAAGAGUAAAUUGUUUUCAAGUGAAAAACUGACCAGCAGACCAGUUAUUACUCAUAGAAAAGACUCUUUAUGCGAACACAACUGUUUUGAUUUACAGUAUAUGGGCGAGACAAAGCUCGAGAGAUAUAGAGAAAAGACACAGUUAAAGGACUGCCUGUGUUGAAUAUUCUAUAGACUGACAUGAUGUUCACUAUAACUUACAUUGACACCAGCUCUUAACAGAAGUUCAUCGUCAUUUUGUUUUUCUCCACACACCGACAGGGACAUCACAUUGUACCUUUUUCUACGUUCAGGUGAACUCAGCCAAAUGGAUGCCAUGCAUCUUCAUGUAUUACUGUAUAAAAGUAAAAUAUAUUUAUUUCAGAUAAAUUAUUUAUUUAUUAUCGCUUCAUAUGAGAGCUGUUUUUUACGAACUCUGUAUUGUAGAUAAAUAUCUAUUUAUUGCCGAGACUCAGAUCUCACGUUGACAGUUACUUCUGCUCACAUACAGUACGUACAUGUCUUUCACACCUAUGUAAAAUGCCACAUCAACCCCCCGAGCUGAACUGCUGAUUCUUCAUUCUAUAAAUUGGAUGCAGUUUAUGUUUCUGAAAUGACUUGAGUGAUUUUAUAAAACAAAAACAUUGGUCAAAAACCAACAACUAAUAACAUCAGAAACAAAUUGACCUACAUUGAAAUGAUUUGCUAUAUGCAAUGAGUAUAUCUCCUCAAGAGCAUCUCACAUACUUUAAGACCUGAUCUCCAGUUCUGGGUAACAAUAUCAGUUUUACAUGUAGAAUGUAUGUACAGCAAACAAGUAAAACAUUUAUACUACAGGACCUCAAUGUUUCUCAUUUUAAAGUGUUCAAGUAAUUGCAUUCAGUAUGUCACAUUAUUAUUAUUAUUAUUAUUAUUAUUACAUGAAGUUUCCUUUAUUUUUGUAUGGCAUUA